AUGUAUAUAUAUCGUCGGAGAAUCAGCGGCCGACAGCAGAACCUCAGCCCUCGAAGACGAGAGCCGAGCCCACCGAGAGCCGAGCCGAGCCCCGGAGCCGAGGGAACCGAGAGCCGAGAGAGCCAGAAGAGCCGAGCCGGGAGCCGAGAGCCGAGCCCGGGAGCCGAGACACCAAAACGCGAAGAGGCACCCUGCACCGUGGCCAUAAUGAUGAUGCCUUCCAAAAUCACCCAAGACGAACGCCUCACCAACCUAAACGAACGCGGAGGCACACCCAUAUUGAAACAUAUUCGCGUAUUUGCGUAUUUCCCAAACCAGCGCAAACGAAUCAGGAACCGCGUCAAAACGAAACAAAAAAAAACAAGUCCUCUCUCGAGAAACAAGUCCUCCUCGAGCAACAAGUCCUCCUCGAGAGAAACAAGUCCUCCUCGAGAAACAAGUCCUCCUCGAGAAACAAGUCCUACCUCGGAGAAACAGUCUCCUCGAGAGAAACAAGUCCUCCUCGAGAGAAACAAGUCCUCCUCGAGAGAAACAAGUUCCUCUCGAGAACAAGUCCUCCUCGAGAAAACAGUCCUCCUCAGAGAAACAAGUCCUCUCUCGAGAGAAACAGUUCUCUCGAGAAACAAGUCCUCCUUCGAGAGAAACAAGUCCCCUCCUCGAGAGAAACAAGUCCUGCUCGAGAAACAAGUCCUCCUCGAGAAACAAGUCCUCCUCGAGAAACAAGUCCUCCUCGAGAGAAACAAGUCCUCCUCGAGAAAACAAGAAACGAGAGAAACAAGUCCUUCCUCGAGAGAAACAGUCCUACUCGAGAAACAAGGAUCGAGAAACUCCUCCUCGAGAAACAAGUCCUCCUCGAGAGAAACAAGUCCUCCUCGAGAGAAACAA